AAACCCUUUUGUCGAAAGAAUAUAUUAAUAAGCCGAUCGGUGAGUGCACUCUCUGUCACUGUUGUUGUGUAUCGGCGUUUUCUCUGAGCUUCGAGAUCUCCACGAAAAAAUGGCUGCUAGAUUCUUGUUGGCUUCUAGGGUUGCUUCCUAUCUAAGGAUCUCCGUUGCCCAACGAGGGUUUUCCUCGGUGGUCUUGAAGGAUCUGAAAUAUGCUGAUUCACAUGAAUGGGUGAAGAUUGAGGGGAAAAAAGCGACCUUUGGUAUAACGGAUCACGCACAGGACCAUUUGGGUGAUGUGGUCUAUGUUGAAUUACCUGAUAUGGGACAUUCGGUGUCACAAGGUGAGAGUUUUGGAGCGGUCGAAAGCGUGAAAGCCACUAGUGAUAUCUUUUCUCCAAUCUCUGGCAAGGUGGUUGAAGUAAAUGAGGAGCUUACCGAGUCCCCUGGAUUGGUGAACUCGAGCCCGUAUGAUAAAGGAUGGCUUAUAAAGGUGGAGGUGAGUGAUGCAGGUGAGGCACAGAAGCUGAUGGAUUCAGAGAAAUACUCCAAGUUCUGCGAGGAAGAAGACGCCAAGCACUGAGCUUAGUUUAUAUUCCAGUUCUUUCUAGAAGCUUCCACUGCUACACAGAUUGUUGUCUUCUCUUCUCUUCUCAAACGAGGAUCAAGACGAAAUCUCGAUCUGUGUCAAUGGAUAAAUCAAUAAAAUUCUGAAGAUUUCGAUGCCUGGUUCCUUUCUUUCAUGUCCUUUUUUCUCUUUUAAAUUAAAUUGUUUGAACAAUAGUAGAGAAUAAUAGCUUUGGGGUUUACAUUGGUUUUUAUAUCUUUCAAAGAGUUAAGAGUUGUUGCCU